AUGGCGUCAGAAGUUCUUCCUCCUCGUCCGGGGCCCUUAAGCUCCGGAGGAGUCCGAGCAGGUGACCCAGUUCGAGCUCAGGCCGCUUCCCGGCUGGCGGCCUUUGAUCCGCAUCCUCUUGGAGCGAUGGCACAGGCAUCUUCUACCCCCCUUCCUCCACCCCCCUCCUCCACCCCUCCUCUUAAACCGGCGUCCGAUCCAAGAACGCACGAUGGGAACACUGUGGCUACGCAGCCCCCCAAACACCUGCUCAUCUUUGACUUCGAUGAGACGAUCAUCAAUGAGAACAGCGACGACUCUGUCCUCCGGGCCCUUCCUGGAAAGCAGCUUCCAGAGUCGAUCCGUCAAACCUACCGUGAGGGUUUCUACAACGAGUACAUGCAGAGAGUUUUGAAGUACAUGGGCGACCAAGGUGUGAAGAUGGCGGACUUCAAAGCCGUCUACGAAAACAUCCCCCUCUCUCCUGGCAUGCGCGACCUCUUCCAGUUCCUUUCCAAACAGCAGGACCACUUUGAGAUCAUCCUCAUGUCCGACGCCAACAUGUUCGGGAUUGAAUGUGCCUUGAAGGCCGCCGGCGCCUACUCCCUCUUCCGCAAAAUCUUCAGCAACCCGUCCAGCUUUGACAAAAGGGGCUACUUCACCUUAGGCCCUUAUCACUCGCACAACUGCCCGAGAUGCCCAUCUAACAUGUGCAAGCGCAAGAUCCUGACAGAGUACCUGGCCGAGAGGGCUCAAGAGGGAACCAGGUUUGAGAGGGUCUUCUACGUUGGCGAUGGAGCCAAUGACUUCUGCCCAUCUGUGGCUAUGAAGUCCACUGAUGUGGCGUUCCCGAGAAGAGGUUACCCAAUGCACCGGCUGAUCCUGGAGAUGGAGAAGAGUCAACCUGGGAAAUACCAGGCUGCAGUAGUCCCCUGGGACUCAGCUCUAGAAGUCUGUAGCUGUCUCCAAGAAGCCCUCAAGAAGAAAUAUUGA